AUGGCAAAUCUGACCAACAGCGGGGAUGGUCCGCUUGAGGUGCCCGGGUUCGGCUCCAUCCCGUUGGACUUUCAACUCCCACCAGAGGCCCGCUUUGCGCAUGGGCUGCUGGACUAUCGCCACACACCACGGCUGACCAAGCGGGAAAUGGCCAUGCUCCGUCUCAUGCAACGGAUCACAGAGCACAGUGGUUGGGAUUGUGCCGUCUUGGAUUCGGAUGAGGCCCAGCUCACGCAAUGGUAUCGCGACGCCACAGAAGAAGGAGAAGGACUGGACGGUCACCUGAUCAGCGCCACCACAUGGGCCUGGUGCCUGGCGGAACUGCGCGAUAAAGCCGAAAAGUGGCGGGAAACGAGCCGUCUCCUGGUCUUUGACAGUUCCUCGGCUGUGUGUCAAGCCGAUGUGCUGCUCGAGUCCCAGAACGAGUCCCUGAAAGAAGGGGUCCAAGAGGAGAUCAAGCGACUGGUCCCACACCCGCAGCCCAGACACUAUUAUCGCGUGGUGGAUCCGUCGUUGUAUCCCCUCGUCUACGACCAGUCUCGAGUCCUGAUUCAUGGGGGACGGGCCUCCCUCCACAAUCUCUGGGAAUCGACCGGAGAACCACCAAGUGGAGCGCUACCUCCUCAUCCCCUGGAUUUUCUCCGACAUCGGCCCCGUCGCUUAGAACGCAGGCCUGGUCAAGGAGGACCGGAGAGCUGCUGGUCGCAUCGCUUCCAGUGGCUUCCCUGCGAGGUACAGUUCAUCGAUGAUGCUGACACCCUGAAUCUUCGGAUCACUUCGUACGUCAAUAACCUUCACCCGGGCAAGCACCAGAACCUGUAUCGGCAUCUGGAGCGCCUAAUAGCAAGCUCCGUUCCUUCGUGGAAUGAAAUCUUAUUCUACGGCAAUACCUGUGGCUGUCGCCCACCACGCAUCCUGACAUAUGGAUGCGAGAUUCACGACUUUCAAGAAGAGCAUAGACUCUUCAAUGUCCUUCGUCCCUGGCCUCACUGGCAGAGACAAUGCGACACCUACAAGGAGUGGGAGGCCCUGCGCGACACAGCGCGUGAGUACAUCCAAGGCCCUGAGCCACUGAAAUGGAAGCAGGCGCAGCCCUUGCCCGACAAGCCGGCUAAUUUAACGGACCUACUCACGCCCGAGGAAUGGGACAUGCCCAACCACGUACAUUUAGUCGCUAGAUUCAAACGCAUCCGUCGAGCCUGGUUCAACCACCCUGAGCCCGGUGUCUCGUUCUCAUAUGAGCAGUGGAAGCAGGGGCAAUCUACGGGACAUACAAUUCACGCGCAGCGAAUCAGCAAAACCCCGGAUCCGCUGCACCACGACCACAGACCCGUGCAGUUGGAGAGGCAAUUCCGAGAGAAGGGUCUCCAAGUUGUAGUGGAAAUUGCCCACAUCAAACUAACCCCGGACAAUCCCAUCUAUACCGGAGAAAGUCAUUUCCACACCGAGAGGCUCCGCAACAAUCGGAUUACAGCCACCAGCCUGUAUGUGGUAAAGUGCAAGAAUCUUACCACAGCCCACCUAGCCUUCGAGCACGAGGACAAGGUUCACGCCGCGGAGCUCGAGUAUCAGGUGCCCGAGGCGCUCGCCACGGUCCUCGAUGUCGAUUACUGGGAGUGGUACAAGGAGAAACCCCCUCGCGCACUGCAUGCUUUCGGGUCGGUCCCACUCCCCGAGGGCCGUCUUGUCAGCUGGCCCAAUACCUAUCAAUCAAGACAAGAGCCCUUUCGCUUGGUAGACCCCAGCCAGCCGGGAAAUUUAACCCUAAUCAAGCUUCGACUCGUCGACCCACAUUAUCGCAUCUGUUCAACACAGAAUGUUCCUCCGCAGCAGGAUGACUGGUGGGCCGCUGCAGCCCGACAGGCAGCUCGGCUCGAUCAGCGCUUACCCCCAGAGCUGGUGUUGUCGGUGAUGGAUCACGUCAAGGAUUGGCCAAUGUCCGCUGCCGAGGCUGAAGGUCUGCGCACAAAACUGCAAUUCGAACACGAGCGCGUGCGGUGGGCGAUCGACUCGUGCGCGGGCCACCAUAUCGUGGUGGAAUUCCCUUACGAUGAACAGGAAGCCCGAGUUAUCUCCGAAUUGGAAAUGGGCGUCAAAGCCUAUGCGAGCUACGGCGGACGAUUGCGGCCAUCGGGCAAAUAG